AUGUUCUUCAGAGUGUCUGUAGAAGAACACCAGUGGUUCCAUGUUACAGCCUAUCAUCAGCUCAUCUUGAAUCACGUGAGCACCGCUGGACAUCGCUCUCUCGUUCCCCGUUCUCCUCUUUUAUCCUCUUCUCUUUCUCUCACUCAGAGAUAAUCAGUCAUCUUUCAGUUUCACCUCUCCCGUUCUCUCUCUACUCUAUCCCCCUCUUUUCUCCCAGGGUCUAUCUGGGAUCAGUAUGUGUGGGUCUAACCACGCCAACCUUAGCUCAUUUCUUCACCCUAUAGUUCAGCUCUCACCCUCCUCUCCUUUCUGUCAGGGGGGAUCAUUCCUCUCUUUCACUCAUGACCCUCCUCUCUCCUCUUCUAUCACAGGGAGAAUCGCUCAUCUUCAGCUGUUCUAGAGGUGUGGCUGUGACCGGUGCCCAACCCAGUGGUCCCCAACCAGAGACAUGAGUGUGGUCCGUGACCCACAGGGGGCGUACAGGGGGGUGGGAGACCCACAAGGGGGGUACAGGGGGGUGGGGGGGGGCGACCAUCUGGGGGGUCUAGGGGUGGGGAUGGACCCCCACAGCCACUUCACAGAGCACGCCCCUCGGCCCCCCGUGCCUGGAGAAGAGGGGGGUGACCGUGACCCCCACCGCCUCCCCUCCAGCCAUGGAGGCCGCCCCCCCACCCAGUCCACCUACUACCCCCCCUCCAAAACAGACCCCUCCUUCCGUAGUAGUGAGCCCCCAUCCUCGGCCACCCCCACUCCCAGGCGGCCGGACCUGGACCUAGGGUACGAGCCUGAGGGCAGCGCCUCCCCCACGCCUCCCUACCUGAAGUGGGCCGAGUCGCUCCACUCUCUCCUGGAUGACCAGGAGGGCAUCCAGCUGUUCAAGGGCUUCCUGAGACAGGAGGGCUGUGGGGACCAGCUUGACUUCUGGUUCGCCUGCUCCGGCUUCAGGAAGAGCAGCCAGGAGAAGAGGCCCAAGCUGGCCAAGGCCAUUUACAGGUAGGGAUGAGUUCUCUCUCUCUUUUCUUUCUCAUCUCUCUAUUCUCUCCAUCUUUCUCUCUCAUUAUCUCUCUCUCUCCCUGUCUUUCCAGGAAGUAUAUCCAGGAUAGUAACGGGAUCGUGUCGAGGCAGAUUAAACCAGCUACCAAGAGCUUCAUCAGAGACUGUGUGGUUAGACUGCAUCUGGACCCUGCCAUGUUCGAGCAGGUAUCAAUACAUCAAUCAAUCAUUACGCCACGUUGGAACAAGUAUCAAUACAUCAAUACAUCAAUCAAUCAUUACGCCAUGUUGGAACAAGUAUCAAUUAAUCAAUACAUCAAUCAUUACGCCAUGUUGGAACAGGUAUCUGUUGUUUUAUUAAUGACCUUUCAUUGACCAGGUAGAUUGUUGAGAAGACAUUCUUAAUAUCCUCCUCUCAGUGGCAGGAGACACAGGAAUCUGGAAAAAAAUUAAUUGAGCUUCAUCGCAAACAUAUUUUCAAGAACAGUUGUGGACAAGGGGUGGAUGUGUUGAUAGCUAAGCCAUAACCAACAACUGUGUUUGCUGCUGGUGAAGAACCCAGCUUCCCUCUCUGGGAUCGAUACAGUUGUUGACUUGUUUAAAUCUCACUUUUCGUUUUCUUUGUUUCUAGCCUAAAUGAACGCUAAUGUUUUUGGAACUUUGUACCGAACCCAUGUUGUCUCUCUCCCAAGGCCCAGACAGAGAUCCAGAGCACCAUGGAGGAGAACACCUACCCUCUGUUCCUCAAGUCAGACCUGUACCUGGAGUACACCCAGACAGGGGAGGAGAGCCCCAAACCACCCAGCGACCACAGCUCCUCAUCGGGUACUGGUCCUGGGCCACCGGGGCCUGGCUACCUGCCCACCCUCACGGAGGACGUAGAGUGGAGGUGUGUGUCUAGAUAAUGUGGACAUUCCUCUGUCUGUAUUCUGUCUGUAUAUUGGGUUUAUUGUUGUCAGCACCAUCUCACCAGGUCUAAUGCCUGGUCCAUGUAAAUGUACUUGGUGAAUAAAGGUGGGUUGUGAUUCAGGUGCCGGGAGGAGGGAGAGGAGGAGGAGGAGGAAGAGGAGGGCGUGGAUACGCAGGCCAGCAGGCUGACUCAGAGGUUGCUAAUGGAGACUGCUCCUCACAGAGUGUCGACCAAUCGGAGGGCAGGGGAUAGCAGAGAGUACAGGUAGGAGACCAGAGAGAGUGUUUAUGUGUCUGUGUGAAAUUCAUGACAGUGUUUAGUAUUUGUCAGACUGGUUGCUAUGUAGUUGUCCCUGUAGAGAAUCUGUGUGUCUGUGUGAAAUUGAUGACAGUGUUUAGUAUUUGUCCGAGUGGUUGCUAUGUAGUUGUCCCUGUAGAGAAUCUGUGUGUUUGUGUGUCUGUGUGAAAUUGAUGACAGUGUUUAGUAUUUGUCCGAGUGGUUGCUAUGUAGUUGUCCCUGUAGAGAAUCUAUGUGUCUGUGUGAAAUUGAUGACAGUGUUUAGUAUUUGUCAGAGUGGUUGCUAUGUAGUUGUCCCUGUAGAGAAUCUGUGUGUCUGUGUGAAAUUGAUGACAGUGUUUAGUAUUUGUCCGAGUGGUUGCUAUGUAGUUGUCCCUGUAGAGAAUCUGUGUGUCUGUGUGAAAUUGAUGACAGUGUUUAGUAUUUGUCCGAGUGGUUGCUAUGUAGUUGUCCCUGUAGAGAAUCUGUGUGUCUGUGUGAAAUUCAUGACAGUGUUUAGUAUUUGUCAGAGUGGUUGCUAUGUAGUUGUCCCUGUAGAGAAUCUGUGUGUUUGUGUGAAAUUGAUGACAGUGUUUAGUAUUUGUCCGAGUGGUUGCUAUGUAGUUGUCCCUGUAGAGAAUCUGUGUGUUUGUGCGCGUCCCGGGCCGGGAUGAUACCAGUACCGCCGUGGCAAGGAAACAAAACACAAAGCGGAGGUCCCUUCUUUAGGAGAACAGCCCUGAUGUUGGAAACCAACAGCAUCAUGCUGUCAUCCAGAGCCACAUUGAUUUAUUUUCCAAGAUAUAGCCACAAUCAUUUACAUACAGAGUUUGAUCUGCUUCUUGUUUUCAUUUAUAUAUUCAAAAUAUAUAUAUAUAUAUAUAUAUUUCAUUUAUAUAUAUCAUUUAUAUAUUCAAAAUAUAUAUAUUUCAUUUAUAAAUAGUAUUUAUAUAUUCCAAAUAUUGCGAUACCGGUAUCAUCAUAGCCCUGGUCUUGUAUGUGUAUGUGUAUAUAUAUAUAUAUAUAUAUAUAUAUAUAUAUAUAUAUAUAUAUAUAUAUAUAUAUAUAUAUAUAUAUAUAUAAAUGUGUGUGUACAGUGUAUUCAGACCCCUUCACCUUUUCCACAUUUUGUUACGUUACAGCCUUAUUCUAAAAUUGAUUAAAUUAUCCCCCCCCCCUCAUCAAUCUACACACAACACCCCAUAAUGACAGAGCAAAACCAGGUUUUUAGACAUUUGUGCCAAUGUAUUAGUCAUAGCCACCGAACUGCUAGUAUCAUUAUACAUCAUCCUUAUCACUUUACAGAAAUUCUCCCCGAACCCAAAAGUAGAGAUCUAAAUAAAUAGUUGUGCUCUAAAGUGUCAAAAGCCUUAAAACAUUUUUACUAAACGAUAUAAAGCCAAGUUCUUCUAUGAACUCUCUGUAAUCCAAAAUAUAUAAUACCAAUUGUAUAUGGUUAUGGAUACUCCUUCCUUUAAUGAAGGCUGAUUGGAGUUAUACUGAUUAUAUCAUCAUAAUAAUAAUAAUAAUAAUAUGCCAUUUAGCAGACGCUUUUAUCCAAAGCGACUUAAAGUCAUGUGCGCAUACAUUUUUACGUAUGGGUGGUCCCGGGGAUCGAACCCACUACCCUGGCGUUACAAGCGCCAUGCUCUACCAAUUGAGCUCCAGAGGACCACAUCAAGGCCUUUUUUCAGCCUAAUAGCAUAGACAUGGGCUAGUAACUUUUAUAGUCCGUUGCCAACCACGUGAUUGGUCUCCAAUUGUCCAAGUAAAGAGUCCUUCUUUUGAUUUAGGUAUAAUAACUAUUAGUCCCUGUCUCAAAGGAGGUGGUAAGAUGGCAUUAGCAAUACCCUCUUUGUAGACCGAAAGCAAUAACUCUCUAAUGUCAGGUCUAAAAUGGCAAUAGAAUUCAGGAGUCAGGCCAUCCGGUCCAGGAGAUUUAACUAUAGCCAUUUGUUUAAUGGCUUGGUCCAACUCAGUAAUAUCUAUAUCAGAAUCACAGAGUUUCUUAAACCUUUCUUCUAUAGGCUUAACAGAGUUAUUAACUGAAUCAAGAAAGGAAUCCAAUUCGCCGUCCGAUAGAUGAGACUGAUGCAGUGUAUCGUAGAAAGAGUGUAUUUCCUUAUUAAAUCACUUCAAGUUCAUCAGCUAUGUCAUUAACAUAAAUGGAUGAAAUACUAUUCCUUGUCUGCCUAUGAGAUGUAAUUUGGCCUUUGAGCAGAUGAAGGCACCCUGUGCCUUAUCGUUGUAUUCAGUGCCUUCGGAAAGUAUUCAGACCCCUUCACCUUUUCCUCAUUUUGUUAGGUUACAGCCUGAUUCUAAAGUUGAUUAAAUAUUUUUUUUCCUCAUCAAUCUACACACAAUACCCCAUAAACAGGUUUUUAGACAUUUGUGCUUAUUUAUAAAAAAUGGAAAUAUCACAUUUACAUAAGUAUUCAGACCAUUUACUCAGUACUUUGUUGAAGCAUCGUUGGCAGCGAUUACAGCCUCGAGUCUUCUUUGCCAUGAUGCUACAAGCUUGGCACACCUGUAUUUGGGGAGUUUCUCCCAUUCUUCCCUGCAGAUUCUCUCAUGCUCUGUCAGGUUGGAUGGGGAGCGUUGCUGCACAGUUAUUUUCAGGUCUCUCCAGAGAUGUUCGAUCGGGAACAAGUCCUGGCUCUGGCCGGGCCACUCAAGGACAUUCAGAGACUUACAUUUUACAUUUACAUUUUAGUCAUUUAGCAGACGCUCUUAUCCAGAGCGACUUACAGGAGCAAUUAGGGUUAAGUGCCUUGCUCAAGGGCACAUCGACAGAUAUUUAACCUAGUCGGCUCGGGGAUUAGAACCAGCGACCUUUCGGUUACUGGCAUAACGCUCUUAACCACUAAGCUACCUGCCGACUUGUCCCGAAGCCACUCCUGCGUUGUCUUGGCUGUGUGCUUAGGGUCGUUGUCCUGUUGGAAGGUGAACCUUCGCCCCAGUCUGAGGUCCUGAGUGCUCUGGAGCAGGUGUUCAUCAAGGAUCUCUCUGUACUUUGCUCCGUUCAUCUUUGCCUCGAUCCUGACUAGUCUCCCAGUUCCCGCCGCUGAAAAACAUCCCCACAGCAUGAUGCUGCCACCAUCAUGCUUCACCGUAGGGAUGGUGCCAGGUUUCCUCCAGACGUGACGCUUGGCAUUCAGGCCAAAGAGUUCAAUCUUGGUUUCAUCAGACCAGAGAAUGUUAUUUCUCAUGGUCUGAGAGUCCUUUAGGUGGCUUUUGGCAAACUCAAAGCGGGCUGUCAUGUGCCAUUACUGAGGAGUGGCUUCCGUCUGGCCACUCUACCAUAAAGGCAUGAUUGGUGGAGUGCUGCAGAGAUGGUUGUUCUCCCAUCUCCACAGAGGAACUCUGGAGCUCUGUCAAACUGACCAUCGGGUUCUUGGUCACCUCCCUGAACAAGGCCCUUCUCCCCAGAUUGCUCAGUUUGGCCGGGCGGCCAGCUCUAGGAAGAGUCUUGGUGGUUCCAAACUUCUUCCAUUUUAGAAUGAUCAAGGCCGCUGUGUUCUUGGGGACCUUCAAUGCUGCAUAAAUGUUUUGGAACCCUUCCCCAGAUCGGUGCCUCGACACAAUCCUGUCUCUGAGCUCCACGGACAAUUCCUUCGACCUCAUGGCUUGGUUUUUGCUCUGACAAGCACCGUCAACUGUGGGGCCUUAUGUCCAAUCAACUUAAUUAGCAAAAAUUUAUAAAAACCAGUUUUUGCUUUGUCAUUAUGGGGUAUUGUGUGUAGAUUGAUGAGAUUUUAUUUUUUCUGUCCAUUUUAGAAUAAGGCUGUAACAUAACAAAAUGUGGGAAAAGUCAAGGGGGUCUGAAUACUUUUGGAAUGCACUGUACAUGUAUGUGUAUAUAUGCGUGUGUGUGUGUGUGUGUGUGUAACCAUCUCUCCUCUCAGACAGUGCAGAGAGCCGGUAGUUAACCCCUACUACGUAAACAUGGGUUACGCCCGCGCCCCUGCCACCAGCGCUAACGACAGUGAACAGCAGAGCAUGUCCAGCGCCUCCGACGUUGACACACUCUCACUGACCGACAGCAGUGUGUGAGUACACACGCUGAAACACACAUGCAUGCAUACACACACACACACACACACACACUGACAUACACACACACACCAACAUAUCCUAUCUGUCUCACACACACACAUACACACACACACACACCAACAUAUCCUCUCUGUCUCACACACUGACACACACACAGCCAUGGACUUUUUGCACCAACACAGCGAAACACGUUCUUCUGAUAACUAACUAGUGUGUGUUGCAGGGAUGCUAUUCCGCCAUACCGGUAUCGUAAACAGCAUCGUAGAGAGAUGCAUGACAGUGCCAAAGCCAACGGACGUGUGCCCCUACCUCAUAUACCUGUAAGGACACACACUGUCGUCUCUACCUUCUUGCCCUCUGGGCUGUUGUCUGUGCCCAGUAAUGUUUGUAACAUGUUUUGUGCUGCUACAGUGUUGUGCUGCUGCCAUGUUGUGUUGCUACCAUGUCAAAUCAAAUCAAAUUGUAUUUUGUCACAUACACGUGUUUAGCAGAUGUUAUAGCGGGUGUAGCGAAAUGCUUGUGCUUCUAGCUCUGACAGUGCAGUAAUAUCUAACAAUUUCACAACAUAUACCCAAUACACACAAAACUAGUAGGGAAUAGGAUUGAAGAAUAUAUACAUAUAUGGACAAGCAAUGACAGAGCGGCAUGGACUAAGAUACAGUAGAAUAUUAUAGAAUGCAGUAUAUACAUAUGAGAUGAGUAGUGCAAGAUAUGUAAACAUUAUUAAUGUGACUAGUGUUCAAUUUCUUAAAGUGGCCAGUGAUUUCAAUAGGCAGCAGCAGCCUCUAAUGUGCUAGUGAUGGCUAUUUAACAGUCUGAUGGCCUUGAGAUAGAAGCUGUUUUUCAUUCUCUCGGUCCCAGCUUUGAUGCACCUGUACUGACCUCACCUUCUGGAUGAUAGCGGGGUGAACAGGCAGUGGCUCGGGUGGUUGAUGUCCUUGAUGAUCUUUUUGGCCUUCCUGUGACAUCGGGUGCUGUAUGUGUCUUGGAGGGCGGGUAGUUUGCCCCCGGUAAUGCGUUCUGCAGACUGCACCACCCUCUGGAGAGCCCUGCGGUUGUGGGCGGUGCAGUUGCCGUACCAGGCAGUGAUACAGCUCGACAGGAUGCUCUCAAUCUGUAAAAGUUUGUGAGGGUUUUAGGUGAUAAGCUGAAUUUCUUCAGCCUUCUGAGGUUGAAGAGGCUCUGUUGCGCCUUCUUCACCAUAUUGUCUGCGUGGGUGGACCAUUUCAGUUUGUCAGUGAUGUGUACGCCAAGGAACUUGAAGCUUUCCACCUUCUCCCCUGCGGUCCCGUUGAUGUGGAUAGGGGGGUGCACCCUCUGCUGUUUCCUGAAGUCCACGAACAUCUCCUUUGUUUUGUUGAUGUUGAGUGAGAGGUUAUUUUCCUGGCACCACACUCCCAGAGCCCUCACCUCCUCCCUGUAGGCGGUCUCGUCAUUGUUGGUAAUCCAGCCUACUACUGUUGUGUAGUCUGCAAACUUGAUGAUUGAGUUGGAGGCGUGCAUGACUACGCAGUCAUGGGUGAACAGGGAGUACAGGAGGGGGCUGAGCAUGCACCCUUGUGGGGCCCCAGUGUUGAGGAUCAGCGAAGUGGAGAUGUUGUUUCGUACAUGUUGUUGCGAAGUGGAGAUGUUGUUGUCAUGUGGUGUUGCUACCUUGCUGUGUUGUCUUAGGUCUCUCUUUAUGUAGUGUUGUGGCGUCUCUCUUGUCGUGAUGUGUGUUUUGUCCUAUAUUUGUAUUACUUUUGGUAGGCCGUCAUUGUAAAUAAUAAUUUGUUCUUAACUGACUUGCCUAGUUAAAUAAAUACAAAAUACCCUACCUCAUAUACCUGUAAGAAUACACUAUCAAAAUACUUAAUUAUGAACUAAAUAUUUGACAUACAACAUACUUUCACUGUUCUAGUAGAAUGAACGUGUCCUCUGUCCGGUACCGGCUGUGGUAAUAACGGGAAUGUGUCCUCUAUCCGGUACCGGCUGUGGUAAUAACGGGAACGUGUCCUCUAUCCGGUGCCGGCUGUGGUAAUAACGGGAACGUGUCCUCUAUCCGUGCCGCUGGAAAACGGGACGUGUCCUCUAUCCGUUGCCGGCUGUGUAAUAACGGGAACGUGUCCUCUAUCCGGUACCGGCUGUGGUAAUAACGUGAAUGAUGUGUCCUCUGUCCGUGCCGGCUGUGGUAAUAACGGAAUGUGUCCUCUGUCCGUGCCGGCUGUGGUAAUAACGUAGAAUGAAUGUGUCCUCUGUCCGGUGCCGGCUGUGGUAAUAACGAUGAAGAAGUGUCCUCUGUCCGGUGCCGGCUGUGGUAAUAACGAUAGAAUAUGUGUCCUCUGUCCGGUGCCGGCUGUGGUAAUAACGAUAGAUGAAUGUGUCCUCUAUCCGGUACCGGCUGUGGUAAUAACGGGAACGUGUCCUCUAUCCGGUGCCGGCUGUGGUAAUAACGAUAGAAUGAAUGUGUCCUCUGUCCGGUGCCGGCUGUGGUAAUAACGAUAGAAUGAAUGUGUCCUCUGUCCGGUGCCGGCUGUGGUAAUAACGAUAGAAUGAAUGUGUCCUCUGUCCGGUGCCGGCUUUGGUAAUAACGGGAAUGUGUCCUCUGUCCGGUGCCGGCUGUGGUAAUAACGGUUGAAUGAAUGUGUCCUCUGUCCGGUGCCGGCUGUGGUAAUAACGGUAGAAUGAAUGUGUCCUCUGUCCGGUGCCGGCUGUGGUAAUCAUUUAUAUAGAUAAUAUCUGAUAUAUCUUCUGUGUGUAUAGCGCACGUACCGCAUGCCGAAGGACAUCCACGUCGAGCCGGAGAGGUUUGCUGCUGACCUCAUCAGUCGACUGGAGGGAGUUCUGAGAGAGAGAGAUGCACAGGAGAGACUGGAGGAGAGACUGAAGAGAGUCAGACUGGUACGUACUGGGGGGUGUGUGUGUGUGUGUGUGUGUGUGUGUGUGUGUGUGUGUGUGUGUGUGUGACGUGUCUGUGACGUGUGCGUGCUUUCAUGUGUGUGUUGGACAGUAAUCACCCCACACACACACACACUUCCUGCUUCUCCUCUAACCCUGCCCCCUUCUUUCCUCUCCUGCUCUGUGAUAGGAGGAGGAGGGCGACGACGCCGACGUCUCCAUGGUGAACUCCCUCCCCUCCUACGGCAACAAGCCCCUCCCCCCCUCUACCCCGUCCCUCCACCCCCACUACGGGUCCCGUUAUUCAGAGACCUCGUACAAUGGCGUUCUGGCGCUACAGGACGCGCACGAGGAGAACCCGGAGUCCAUCUUGGACGAGCACGUCCAGAGAGUGAUGAAGACGCCGGGGUGCCAGUCACCAGGCACCGGGAGACACUCACCCAAGACCCGCUCCCCCGACGGAGGGGUAGGGGUGUACCCUCCGCCCCACUCUGGGAGAACCCAGGGGCCUCCGGGGACCAAAGGUCACAAGCCAGGAGCCAAGGGAGGUGACCCGGCGGGGAUGGGAGCAGGUAUGUUGUCUUUAUUUAUCUAGGUUAGUCUCCAUGAUAAACCUCUUCUAGUGUUGUCUUUAUUUAUCCAGGUUAGUCUCCAUGAUAAACCUCUUCUAGUGUUGUCUUUAUUUAUCCAGGUUAGUCUCCAUGAUAAACCUCUUCUAGUGUUGUCUUUAUUUAUCCAGGUUAGUCUCCAUGAUAAACCUCUUCUAGUGUUGUCUUUAUUUAUCCAGGUUAGUCUCCAUGAUAAACCUCUUCUAGUGUUGUCUUUAUUUAUCCAGGUUAGUCUCCAUGAUAAACCUCUUCUAGUGUUGUCUUUAUUUAUCCAGGUUAGUCUCCAUGAUAAACCUCUUCUAGUGUUGUCUUUAUUUAUCCAGGUUAGUCUCAAUAAUAAACCUCUUCUAGUGUUGUCUUUAUUUAUCCAGGUUAGUCUCAAUGAUAAACCUCUUCUAGUGUUGUCUUUAUUUAUCCAGGUUAGUCUCCAUGAUAAACCUCUUCUAGUGUUGUCUUUAUUUAUCCAGGUUAGUCUCCAUGAUAAACCUCUUCUGGUGUUGUCUCUAUUUAUCCAGGUUAGUCUCCAUGAUAAACCUCUUCUAGUGUUGUCUUUAUUUAUCCAGGUUAGUCUCCAUGAUAAACCUCUUCUAGUGUUGUCUUUAUUUAUCCAGGUUAGUCUCCAUGAUAAACCUCUUCUAGUGUUGUCUUUAUUUAUCCAGGUUAGUCUCCAUGAUAAACCUCUUCUAGUGUUGUCUUUAUUUAUCCAGGUUAGUCUCCAUGAUAAACCUCUUCUAGUGUUGUCUUUAUUUAUCCAGGUUAGUCUCCAUGAUAAACCUCUUCUAGUGUUGUCUUUAUUUAUCCAGGUUAGUCUCCAUGAUAAACCUCUUCUAGUGUUGUCUUUAUUUAUCCAGGUUAGUCUCCAUGAUAAACCUCUUCUAGUGUUGUCUCUAUUUAUCCAGGUUAGUCUCAAUGAUAAACCCUCUUCUAGUGUUGACUUUAUUUAUCCAGGUUAGUCUCCAUGAUAAACCUCUUCUAGUGUUGUCUUUAUUUAUCCAGGUUAGUCUCCAUGAUAAACCUCUUCUAGUGUUGUCUUUAUUUAUCCAGGUUAGUCUCCAUGAUAAACCUCUUCUAGUGUUGUCUUUAUUUAUCCAGGUUAGUCUCCAUGAUAAACCUCUUCUAGUGUUGUCUUUAUUUAUCCAGGUUAGUCUCCAUGAUAAACCUCUUCUAGUGUUGUCUUUAUUUAUCCAGGUUAGUCUCCAUGAUAAACCUCUUCUAGUGUUGUCUUUAUUUAUCCAGGUUAGUCUCCAUGAUAAACCUCUUCUAGUGUUGUCUUUAUUUAUCCAGGUUAGUCUCCAUGAUAAACCUCUUCUAGUGUUGUCUUUAUUUAUCCAGGUUAGUCUCCAUGAUAAACCUCUUCUAGUGUUGUCUUUAUUUAUCCAGGUUAGUCUCCAUGAUAAACCUCUUCUAGUGUUGUCUUUAUUUAUCCAGGUUAGUCUCCAUGAUAACCUCUUCUAGUGUUGUCUUUAUUUAUCCAGGUUAGUCUCCAUGAUAAACCUCUUCUAGUGUUGUCUCUAUUUAUCCAGGUUAGUCUCAAUGAUAAACCUCUACUAGUGUUGUCUUUAUUUAUCCAGGUUAGUCUCCAUGAUAGACCUCUUCUAGUGUUGACUUUAUUUAUCCAGGUUAGUCUCCAUGAUAAACCUCUUCUAGUGUUGUCUUUAUUUAUCCAGGUUAGUCUCCAUGAUAAACCUCUUCUAGUGUUGUCUUUAUUUAUCCAGGUUAGUCUCCAUGAUAAACCUCUUCUAGUGUUGUCUCUAUUUAUCCAGGUUAGUCUCAAUGAUAAACCUCUUCUAGUGUUGACUUUAUUUAUCCAGGUUAGUCUCCAUGAUAAACCUCUUCUAGUGUUGUCUUUAUUUAUCCAGGUUAGUCUCCAUGAUAAACCCCUUCUAGUGUUGUCUUUAUUUAUCCAGGUUAGUCUCCAUGAUAAACCUCUUCUAGUGUUGUCUUUAUUUAUCCAGGUUAGUCUCCAUGAUAAACCUCUUCUAGUGUUGUCUUUAUUUAUCCAGGUUAGUCUCCAUGAUAAACCUCUUCUAGUGUUGUCUUUAUUUAUCCAGGUUAGUCUCCAUGAUAAACCUCUUCUAGUGUUGUCUUUAUUUAUCCAGGUUAGUCUCCAUGAUAAACCUCUUCUAGUGUUGUCUUUAUUUAUCCAGGUUAGUCUCCAUGAUAAACCUCUUCUAGUGUUGUCUUUAUUUAUCCAGGUUAGUCUCCAUGAUAAACCUCUUCUAGUGUUGUCUUUAUUUAUCCAGGUUAGUCUCCAUGAUAAACCUCUUCUAGUGUUGUCUUUAUUUAUCCAGGUUAGUCUCCAUGAUAAACCUCUUCUAGUGUUGUCUUUAUUUAUCCAGGUUAGUCUCCAUGAUAAACCUCUUCUAGUGUUGUCUCUAUUUAUCCAGGUUAGUCUCAAUGAUAAACCUCUACUAGUGUUGUCUUUAUUUAUCCAGGUUAGUCUCCAUGAUAGACCUCUUCUAGUGUUGACUUUAUUUAUCCAGGUUAGUCUCCAUGAUAAACCUCUUCUAGUGUUGUCUUUAUUUAUCCAGGUUAGUCUCCAUGAUAAACCUCUUCUAGUGUUGUCUUUAUUUAUCCAGGUUAGUCUCCAUGAUAAACCUCUUCUAGUGUUGUCUUUAUUUAUCCAGGUUAGUCUCCAUGAUAAACCUCUUCUAGUGUUGUCUUUAUUUAUCCAGGUUAGUCUCCAUGAUAAACCUCUUCUAGUGUUGUCUUUAUUUAUCCAGGUUAGUCUCCAUGAUAAACCUCUUCUAGUGUUGUCUUUAUUUAUCCAGGUUAGUCUCCAUGAUAAACCUCUUCUAGUGUUGUCUUUAUUUAUCCAGGUUAGUCUCCAUGAUAAACCUCUUCUAGUGUUGUCUUUAUUUAUCCAGGUUAGUCUCCAUGAUAAACCUCUUCUAGUGUUGUCUUUAUUUAUCCAGGUUAGUCUCCAUGAUAAACCUCUUCUAGUGUUGUCUUUAUUUAUCCAGGUUAGUCUCCAUGAUAAACCUCUUCUAGUGUUGUCUUUAUUUAUCCAGGUUAGUCUCCAUGAUAAACCUCUUCUAGUGUUGACUUUAUUUAUCCAGGUUAGUCUCAAUGAUAAACCUCUUCUAGUGUUGAUGUUGUAUAAUCAAUGUGAUGGUGUGUAUUCAACCAACAGAACACAGAGCAUCUCGAGGUAGGAGUGCUCUUCAUAUAAUCAUGUUCUUUAUGAUCCUAGAUCAGCGCUCCUACCUCCAUGCUUUAUGAGUACGGGCCCAGGUAUAGAGGUGAAAUAUCAAAGACCACAGCUACCUCCAUGCUUUAUGAGUACGGGCCCAGGUAUAGAGGUGAAAUAUCAAAGACCACAGCUACCUCCAUGCUUUAUGAGUACGGGCCCAGGUAUAGAGGUGAAAUAUCAAAGACCACAGCUACCUCCAUGCUUUAUGAGUACGGGCCCAGGUAUAGAGGUGAAAUAUCAAAGACCACAGCUACCUCCAUGCUUUAUGAGUACGGGCCCAGGUAUAGAGGCGAAAUAUCAAAGACCACAGCUACCUCCAUGCUUUAUGAGUACGGGCCCAGGUAUAGAGGCGAAAUAUCAAAGACCACAGCUACCUCCAUGCUUUAUGAGUACGGGCCCAGGUAUAGAGGCGAAAUAUCAAAGACCACAGCUACCUCUAUGCUUUAUGAGUACGGGCCCAGGUAUAGAGGCGAAAUAUCAAAGACCACAGCUACCUCCAUGCUUUAUGAGUACGGGCCCAGGUAUAGAGGUGAAAUAUCAAAGACCACAGCUACCUCCAUGCUUUAUGAGUACGGGCCCAGGUAUAGAGGUGAAAUAUCAAAGACCACCGCUACCUCCAUGCUUUAUGAGUACGGGCCCAGGUAUAGAGGUGAAAUAUCAAAGACCACAGCUACCUCCAUGCUUUAUGAGUAUCUCUUUUUGAAAGUGUCCGUAAAGGCUGUACCAUCACAAGCAUGGUUACCACCAUCUUUGUUAGGUUAGGAGGUAGAGUUAUACUUAGUUAGUUAUAGUUAGUUAUAGUUAUAGUUAGUUAUAGUUAGUUAUAGUUAUAGUUAGCUAGUUAUAUGUCUCUGUUCCCUCAGGUGUGUACCAUCACAAGCAUGGAUACCACCAUCUUUGUUAGGUUAGGAGGUAGAGUUAUACUUAGUUAGUUAUAGUUAGUUAGUUAUAGUUAGUUAUAGUUAUAGUUAGCUAGUUAUAUGUCUCUGUUCCCUCAGGUGUGUACCACCACAAGCAUGGAUACCACCACCCCCCAGGGGGCACCAAGCCCAAAGAACCCCAGAUGGAUGAGGUGGUGCUGGGUGGAGGUGGAGGCUCCAGGACCCAGGGGAGCGUCCUGUGGAACGGGGAGGCCCACCACUACGCUACCGGGAAGGGACGCAACUACGCGGACGGGGCUGGGACCAUGGAUGCCUUGGGCUAUAGGUUAGUACCAGGGGGGGGAGGGGUGCUAUCAGGUUAG